CAUAGAGAAUAUUCGGGUGUGCCAGAAAUCUGCGCUCUCCAUCCCUGCGAUCAACGCAAGGCAUGAAUCUCAUCCCAGCGUUUAUUCAUUCUGUCGACAUCGCCGUGCACAUAUGUAACGCAUCUUGUUGAGAUGCGCGUGCGGGAUUAAAUCGGAUGGAGUGCGCAGUUAAGACAAUAACCGAGAGGAGAGAGAUAUUUGCGUAUUGCAUCUGUCCGUGGAUGUGAAUCUGGGAGGAAUGGACACGCAAAACACGAUGCAGUCCAGGUGUCGUCAUCUCAAUGUCAGGGAUUUCUUUUGAUCGCCUAAAAUCCUUUAGAUCUCAUAAUAACCUCGUGGAAACAGCCGUCUGGACUGUAUAAGGUAGAUGUGUUUAUUUAUGAUAUAUAAAUGCAUUCAGUCUCAUAAGGUUUGGUUAAUCACAAAUACUAACCUGCUAACCCUUCGAUGAUUCAUUUAAUCGGGUGAUCAUUAAGUAUUCAUAGUGACAUUACCUUUAGGAUUUGUGUUUCUGAUGCAUUGGAGUGGGUUUUGGACAUAUGAGCUGUGUCUUCACAUGAGCUGAGUAAUUAUUUUGCUGUCACCAAGUGUGAUUAUUCACCUUAAUAAGAUUGGUGGGAUGAAUGAUGCGGAUGCAUAGUGACUGAAUCAAAGGAGAACUGGAAGAGAACAUCAUUGGAGUCACCGACAUAUUCCCUCAUCCACGCUGAACGAAUCACUGUGACAUCUGGCACUGAAAUUGCUUAGUCUGUCAAGACAUCUGUGAGCUGGUCUGUCUGUGGUUAAGUUUACGUGCCCCCUCCCGGCAACACCUAGAGAGGACUUGAGUCCAAACUGAAUCCAAAUAGGUCCAGCUUGAAUCCACAAAGGUUGUAUCUGAAUCCAUAGUGGACAUAUUCCAGAUUGAAUUGGGAAGUUUGAGUCCAAGCUUGCUUCAUUGAGUUCAUAACCUAUCUAUGAUUCCUGGGGCACCUGCAACAAUGCUCCCAGCCACGGAGGCAGCCAAGAUCUACCAGACCAACUACGUGAGGAAUUCUCGCGCUAUUGGGGUCUUGUGGGCCAUCUUUACCAUCCUCUUCGCCAUUGUCAAUGUGGUAUGUUUCGUUCAGCCCUACUGGAUCGGGGACGGCGUGGACACGCCGCAGGCCGGCUAUUUUGGCCUCUUUCACUACUGCAUAGGGAGCGGAACGUCCCGGGACCUGAAGUGCCAGGGAAGCUUCACCGAGUUCAGCUCCAUCCCAUCAGGAGCCUUCAAAGCAGCGUCGUUCUUCAUCGGGAUGUCCAUGGUGCUGGUGCUGUCCUGCAUCGGCUGCUUCGCCCUCUUCUUCUUCUGCAGCACAGCCACUGUGUAUAAGAUCUGUGGGUGGAUGCAGCUGGCAGCAGGUACAUGUCUGGUGCUGGGCUGUAUGAUAUAUCCUGAUGGCUGGGAUGCGGAUGAGGUAAAGCGGAUGUGCGGAGAAGAAACCGAUAAAUACACCAUCGGAGCUUGCUCAGUACGCUGGGCAUACAUCCUGGCCAUUAUGGGAAUCAUGGACGCGCUCAUUCUGUCGUUCCUGGCCUUCGUGUUAGGAAACAGGCAGGAUGGCCUAAUGUCCGAGGAGCUGUUGGGAGACAAGACUGGAAAUGCAUAGGUGGAAGACGCAAACAGAUGAGCGUGUUUGCCUCGUUGAAGGAAAAUCAUUAUGUGAAGUCACAAUUCAGCUUUACCCAUCAUCCUGAGGGCGGGAAGCCUGACUGCAGCAGUUUGGAAAACGUUUGAGCAAAUGACGAAAACGCGGUGAUGGGUGUCCAGAACACUCACUGCUUUUCUGUACAUAUAUAUCUACUUUUCACUGUACUCCUUGGAAAUGCUUUUUAACAAAUCCCUAGUUUGAUUUAUCGUGUUCUGUGCCACUAAUAUGAUAGGGCAGCUAAUGCACCAUUAAGAAACCAAAUUUUU